AUGCAGCAGGAGCAGGUGCUGCAGCAGCAGCAGCUUCAGCAGCAUGAAGAGCAGCGUGCUGCUGCUGCUGCACCAGCUGUAGUCUUCGCGGGGCCCCCGCAGCAGGGCUGUGUCCAGCAGCAGCAGCAGCAACCGCAGCAGCAACAGCAGCAGCCGCAGCAGCACAACCCGCUGGAAUCAUCAGCGCAGCAGCACCAACUGCUGCACCAGCAGCAGCACAAGCAGCAGCAGCAGCACAUGCAACAGCAGCAGCAGCACAUGCAGCAGCAGCAGCAUCACAUGCAGCAGCCGCAGCAGCAUCACAUGCAGCAGCCGCAGCCGCAGCAGCAUCACAUGCAGCAGCCGCAGCAGCACAUGCAGCAGCAGCAACAGCAGCAGCAGCAGCAGCACAUGCAGCAGCAGCAAACCUUAGGGGGUGCUGUAUAUAUCCAGGAGGCUUCUCCUUGGGGUGCUGCUGCAGCAUUGGGGCUGCCGCCGCUGCCUAAUCAGCAGCAGCCGCAGCAGCAGCAGCAGCAGCAGCACAUGGGAUAUGCUACUGCUAAUGCUGCAGCGCCGCAGCAGCAACGUACCAAUAGUGACUCCAAUGCUACAGCAGCAGCAGCAGCAGCAGCACAGCCACCACCAACUGCGGGCUUUGCUUCUGCUUCUUACGCUCCUGCAGCAGCAGCAGCAGGAGGAAUAUCUGUCAACCCGCAGCAGCAGCAGCAGCAGCAGCAAAUGCUCGCAGGUCGCCACAUGCAGACAUACGGAGCAUUGUCAGGGCACGCUGCUGCUGCUGCUGAUCCAGCAGCAGCAGCAGCAGCAGCAGGGGGAGCAGCUGGAUCCCUUCGUUACUCAGGGCCUUAUGCAUGCAACCCCACGCCUGCUGCUUAUUAUGGGAGACCUGCAGCAGGCAGCAGCCCUUAUCCUGCUGCUGCAGCAGCAGCAGCUGCUGCUGCUGCUGCAGGGUUUGCUGCCUUUGGAGGCCCGCAGCAGCAGCAGAACCAGCAGCCGCACCUCAUGACUGCAGCUCCACUGCAGCAGCAGCAGCAACAGCAGCAGCAGCAGCAGCUUGCUCCAGGAGUUCCUGCAGGUGCUGUGUGGGGUGCAGGGUCUCCAGCAGCAGCAGCAGCAGCAGCAGGAUCGCCUGCUGCUGCAGCACAGGCAACAACAGCUUCUGGUUUGGCGGGGUCCCCAUACCCUGAACAGCAGAUGCAGCAGCAGCAACUGCAGCAGCAGCAGAUGCAACAGCAUCAGAUGCAGCAGCAGCACCAAAUGCAGCAGCAGCAUCAGAUGCAGCAACAGCACCAGAUGCAGCAGCAGCAGAUGCAACAGCAGCAAGCUAUGCUGCACUGGCAGCAGCAGCAGCAGCGGCGCAACAGUCAUUCUACUGGAUGGGGGAUGCAGCAGCAGCAGCUGCCUGCUGCUGCUCCUGCUGCUGUAGCUCCACCUCAGCAGCAGCAGCAACAGCAGCAACCUUACGUGCAGCAGGCAGUAUGUGCGGAGCCACAGCAACAGUUGCAGCAACAGCAGCAACUGCAGCAGCAGCUACAUCAGCCUCUGCAGCAGCAACCCCACCAUUCGCAAGAGCUUGUAUACCCUCAAGUACCGCAUGCAGCAGCAGCAGCACCAACAGCAGCAGCUGCUGCUGCAGCAGCAACAGCAGCAGGUCCUGCAACACGUUCUCAUCCGCUGCAUCAGCAGCCCCUUGUCGCCCCUUGUUCUGUUCAGCGUAGCAGCAGCAGCAGCAUAAGCAGCAGCAGCAGCAGCAGCACGGUAAGCAGCAGCAGUAGCAGCAGCACAACAAGGAGGAAGCCAUUUGUAUUAGAAGUACCGCAGCAGCAAGGACCCUUGCUGCAGCGCUCCUUCCUCUCCCUGCUGCAGCAGGAAGCAGCAUGGAUGGCUCGUGAUUACUACUAUGAGAGGAAAUGGAAGCAGCAGCUGCUGCUGCGCUUAGGCAGCACAGCAGCAGCAGCAAAAAGAUUCAAAUGGCUGCAGCAGAAACAGGAAGAGAGAAGAAUUAUUGCUGCACCUUGGGCUGCUGCUGUUGAGACACUCUAUAUUGCAAUCUGUCGGCAGGUGUAUAGGGACCUUGUGCCUGCUGAGUUGACGCCUUUAGCAGCAGAUGUCCCUCCUAUAGGAAAUUGCCCUGGUAUUGAGGUGUACAGACAGCUGGUAGAGCAGCGGCAGCAGAAGCAGCAGCAGCAGGAGCAGCAGCAGGAUAUGGAGGAGGACGAGCUGUUGCCUCCUUUUUUGCAGCAGCAAUUGCCACUGCAGCAGCAGCUGCUAUUGCAGCAGCUGCAGCAGCAACCUGACGGUGCAGCACAACGCCUCGUCAUGAUAGAGAAGAUUAAGAGACAGUGUCUCUACCACUUGGCAAGCAGCAGCAGCAGUAGCAGCAGCAGCAGCAGCUUGGGUCUCCCUUGGAGGCCUCAGGCUCCUGCUGCUUGGGCUGUACAGUCACCUCUUGCUGCAGCAGCAGAAGCAGUCGUGAUGCAGCUUGAGAGCAAUAGAGCUGCUGCUACACAGCCACUGUCUCCUCGUUGCUGCCAGCUGUCUCCGCAGCUGCAUGCAUAUCUUUUGUGUCUCCUUACCACCCGCAAGGUGGAGUGUGAAGCAGCAGCAGCAGCAGCAGCAGGACGCGGUGGAGCAGCAGCAGCAACAGCAGCAGCAAAGCAGCAGCAGCUAAAGGGGGCAGUCAUCGUCAAAGAGGAGCAAUCGCUUCAAUCAGCAGCAGCAGCAGCAAAGUACAGCAGCAGCAGCAGCAGCUACAGCGACGAGGAGGAAGCAGCAUGUCGUCGUACAUUAGAUGAUUGGUUAUAUUAUCAGCAGGAGCAGCUGCUGCAGCAGCAGCAUCCUCUAGUAUUGAACAUGUUUGCUGCUGCUCCCGCUGCUUUUGUUGCUGCUGCUGGUCUGCUGCACAACCUGCAGCCGCUGCAGCAGCUGCAGCAGCAUCCACCACGCAAGAGGCAGCAGCAGCAGCAGCUGUUGCUGCUACCUCCGCAGGCGGAAGACGAGCAACAGCAGCAGCAACAGCAGCAGCAACAGCAGCAACCCCAGCAACACCCACAGCAGCAUCAGCAACAGCACCAACAGCUGCAGCAGCACCCACACCAUCAGCAGCACCAUCAGCAACAGCAGCAACAAUCAACAGAAGCUGCAGCAGCAGCAGCAGAAGAAAAGAGACAGCAGCAGCUACGUUCCUUAGCUGUCUCUUGUAUGCUAGAUAAUGUGCAGCAGCAGCAAGGGGUGUACGUACACCCCAUUGAGUUAAGACCACCACAGCUGCCUGUUGACCUUAUUACGCUACCUGCAUUCACAACAGGUGGCUGCUGGCGGCGCUGCGUCCGGCUGCUGCUGCAGCAGUUCAGCAGCAUGAAGAAGUCCGAUGGUGCUGCUGCUCAGGGAGAGGCAGCAGCAGCAGUAGCAGCAGCAGCGGCAGCAGCUGCAGCGGGACCCAUGAUAGGUGCACCACCAGCAGCAAGCCCAGCAACCCAGCCGCCGCAGCACGGAGCUGCAGCAGCAGGCUGGGGAGCAGCAGCAGCAGAUCGUGGUGCAGCAGCAGCAGCAUAUGGAGAUACAUUAAGGAGACAAGGGGCAGGCAAGAUGUCUGUGUAUGAUGCGCGUGGGCGUCGGGCUGGAGGAGUGCCAGUGGAAGCAGCAGCAGCGGAUGCGGACAGAGCAGCAGCAGCUGCUGCUGCUGCAGCUGCAGCUGCAGCUGCACACGACAACGAGACACUGCUGCAGCGGCGUAGCCAACAGCAGCAACAGCAGCAAUGGGAUCUGCAUGAGUCAGCUUUGCUGCUGCAUCUUGCAGGUCGUUUUGCUGGCAGCAGCUGCAGCAGCAGCUACAGCAGCAGCAUGGGGUAUACAAACAUGCCCCGCGCAUGGUUUUCUUCCGUUCCUGCUACUGCAGCAGCAGGACCAGGUGUAGCUAAGCCAAUGCCUGGCAUGAGCAGCAGCAGCAGCAGCAGCAGCAGCAGCAGCAGCAACGAUAUAAAUUGGAGUCUUGUUGCUAGUGCCCUCUCCUCUGCUGGUUCCUGUGGUGCUAUUGUCUCCCGAUUAAGAUUAGCAGAAGAAUGCAAGAGACAAUACAUCGUGCUGCUGCAGCAUUUGCAGCAACUGCAGCAGACACCGAAGGAGAUGCGGCACCCUAUGCUGCUGCUGCUGCUGCUGCAGCGACGAUCCUUUACGGAUGCAGAUGUUGUUGUUAGGUGUAUGCCAGCUAGCUGCUCCUUUGGUGGUUUUGCUGCUGCUGAUUUGGAUAAAACUUCUUAUCAGCUGCUGCUGCCUUUUAGACCCCGUCAGUUCCUGCUGCUGCAGCAGCGGAAGCAGCAGCUGCUGCAGCAGAGGAAGCAGCAAAAGCAGCUCAUGCUGCUUGAUAAGAAAGCACUACCAGGGCCUGGGGAAACAAAACAAGAGGAAGAAUCUACUACUACCAGCACAACGAGCAGCAGCAACAGCAGCAGCAGCAAUAGCAGUAGUAGUAGCAGCAGCAGCAGCACGAGUCCGUCGCUGCAGCUGCCUUCUGCUGCUGUCGUUGUAGAGGAAGAAGCAGCAGCAAGUCGCAUCUUUUCUCUUCCUAGCGACUUAGAGUCCGAGCUGCGUCUCUUUAAGAAGCUGCAUCAGCAGCAGCAGCAAGAGCAGCAGCAGCAAGAGCAGCAGCAGCAGCAGCAGGAUGAAGACGAUAGUCAAGUAUUGGUUCCUCGCAUAAAAUCUUUUUCAUUGGAUUGGGAUAGCGCUCCUACCCGCGUGCAGGAGCAGCAGCAGCAGCAGCAGCAGCAGGUGCGGCAACGGCAGCAGCAGCGGCUGUGGUUUUCUGAUGCUGGUACAGCAGCAGGUGCAGCAGGUGCAGCAGGUGCAGCAGCAGCAGCAACAGAUGACGCCAACGAAGAGGCGCUGCAGCAAAUUGUUUCUUCCCUCUGCCCUCUUAAGGGUUUACAUUUGCGGUUGAGGGCUAAAGAGAAAAGAUUAAGCAUCACCGACAGCAGCAGCAGCAGCAGCAGCAGUAGCAGCAGCAGCAGCAGCAGCUGCAUUCCAGCAGCAAAGAGGCGGAAGCAUUCGCUUUACAAGGCCAUUCAUGGCGCGGACCCUAAGGUGAUAACUCCUCCUCAUCCUUCUCACCACAACUUAGCAAAGCAGGCUCGCCGUCAUUUUGCACUGUCUGAAAGAGGCGACAAGGCAGCAGAUGCUGCAGCAGCAGAACCAGCGAAGACAACGCCUGCAACACCACCAGCAGCAGCAGCAACAACAACAACAACAGCAGGAGCAGCAGGAGCUGCAACUCCGCCAGCAGCAGCAGCAGCAACAUCUCCUGCUGCUGCUGGGGCUGCUCCUGCUGCUGCACCUGCAACGCCAAGCGAAGCAUCGGCUGGAUCGGCCCCAGCAGCAGCAGCAGCAACCCCACCGUCGGGCCCUGCAGCAGCAACAGCAGCAGGAGCCACAACAACGCCUGCUGCUGCUGCUGCAGCAGCAGCAGCAGCAACACUGCUGCCUUGGCUGCAGCUAGCUACCCACGCGCUGCAGCGCGGGCGGCAGCAGCAGCUGCUGCUGGGGACUCAGCAAUUCAGCAGCAGCGGUGUUAUGCCUCCAAAUCCUCGGAAGCCUCAGCUACCCGAGCAGUACGUCUUGGCUCUGCAGGGCAGGAGCGGGGAGGAGGCUGCUGGCGAUGGGAAGAAUGCAGCAGCGGCAGCUGCUGCUGCUGCUGCAGCGGCAGCCUCUGCAGCAAGCACGGCAGCGCCGCAAGCAGCUGCCGCACCAGGAGCAGCAGCAGCAGCACCCGCUGCAGCGGGACUGCCACAGGACUCCUCGCCCUCUGACGCGAUGAGGGAGCAGCAGCAGCAAAUGCUGCAGCAGCAGCCAAUGCAACAGCAGCCGCAGCAACCGCAGCAGCAGAUGUUGCAGCAGCAGCCAAUGCUUCAGCAGCAGCAGAUGCUGCAGCAGCAGCAGAUGCUGCAACAGCAACAACGUCCUACUGCUGAAUUUGUGGCGGGAGGCACCAUGGAGGGCGACUCUGCAGCAGCAGCAGCAGCGGCAACAGGAGCACCUCUUUUACCUCAGCAGCCGCAGCAGCUCUUGCCUGAGCACAUGCAGCAGCAGCAGCAGCAGCAGCAGCAGCAGAUGGCGAGGGUGGUGCAACCAGUGCAACAACAGCAGCAGCAGCAGCAACACAUGCUUGCAAGCGGUCCGUUGCAGCAGCAGACGCACCUGCUUCCCGGCCCCCAUCAACAGCAGCAGCCGCUCCUUCAGCAGCAGCAGCAGCAACUGCGCCAGCAGCAGCAGCAGCACUGGAUUGCAGCACAACAGCACGCGGUUCCUAUGUUGAUGCAGCAGCAGCAGCAGCACAUGCUGCUGCAGCAGCACCACCAGCCUUUAGCUUAUGGCGGCAAAGGGCAUGCACCUCAGCAGCAGCAGCUUGAGGGCGCGUAUGACCUGCAGCAGCUGCAGCAACAGCAGCUGCAACAGCAACAGCUGCAGCAGCAUCAGUUGCAGCAGCAACAGCUGCAGCAGCUGCAACACCAGCAACUGCAGCAACAGCAGCAGAUGUUUUCGCGCCCCCCUUAUGUGCAGCCCCAGCAGCAGCAGCAGUCAAGCGAGGAUGCUGCAGAUGCAGCAGCGCAGCAGCAGCAGCAGCAGCAGCAGUUUCAGCGGCCUAUGUACUUGCAGGCCCCACCGCAACAGCAGCAGCAGCUGUCCCCUUACCCUGCUGCAGCAGCACACCUGACACAAGCAACAGCAGCAGAUGGCAAUCUGCAGCAGCAGCAGCAGGCCCUUGGUGCAACACCUAUGCAAGCCUUUACGCCGCAGCAGCAGCUGCAGCAGCAGCAGCACCAGGUGUAUCUGCAGCAGCAAGCAGCAUUUCAGGCAGCUGAUGGAACACAGAGGCACUUCUCCCCUCAGCAGCAGCAGCAGCUGCAGCAGCAGCAAUUGCAGCACCAGCAGCUGCAGCAGCAGCAACUGCAGCAUCAGCAGCUACAGCACCAACAACAGCUGCAACACCAGCAGCUGCAGCACCAGCAGCUACAGCAGCAACACCUGCAGCAGCAGCAGCUACAUGCGCAGCAGCUGCAUCCGCAGCAGCUUCACCCUCAGCAGCAGCAGCAGCUAAUAUGCCAUGAUCAGAAUGCGUUUGCUGCUCAGCAGCAGCAGCAGCAGCGAUUUGUUGCAGCAGCACCGCAGCACGCUCAGCCUCGGUUUGCAGCUGCUGCUGUGCCACAGCAGCAGCAGCAACAGCAGCAACGGCUGCAGCAGCAGCAGCAGAUGCAGCCAACUGCCUUCGGGCCACCGCAGCAGCAGCAGCAACCGGGCUACUAUGCAGUUGGUAUGCCACAGCAGCAGCAGCUAAAUGGCACAGCAGCAGAACUGCAGCACUUGCAGCAGCAACAGCUGCAACAGCAACAACUGCAGCAACAGCAGAUGCACCAGCAGCACAUGCAGCAGCAACAACUGCAGCAGCAUCUGCAGCAUCAGCAGCUGCAGCAACAGCAGUUUAGACAGCAGCAGCUUCAACAGCAGCAGCAUCUGCAGCAUCAGCAGCUGCAACAGCUGCAGCAGCAACAACUGCAGCAGCAACCACAGCACCUGCAGCAGCAGCACCAGUUGCAGCAGCAGCAACUGCAGCAGCAACCGCAGCAUCUGCAGCAGCAAACGCUGCCUGCAGCAAGCCAGAGGCAGCUGUCUACUGGCAGCAAGAGCAGCAAAAGUACGUCUCGUUCUAAGAGACCGCAGCAGCAGCAAUCAAAGGGUGGUGCUGCAGCUGUUGCUGCUGCUGCUGCUGCAGAGCAGCAAACUGGUGUAGUAGGUGCUGCUGUAGGGCCGGGCGCGAUGCAUGCGCCUCAGGGGGCUGUAGGAAAUAUCCCUGCUGCUGCUGCGGCACAGCAGCAGCAGCAGCACCUGCAGCAUCAGCAGCGGUUGCAGUUGCAGCAGCAACACUUGCAGCAGCAGCACCAGCUGCAGCACCACCGGCAGCUGCAACAACUGCAGCAGCAGCAACUGCAGCAGCAGCAGCUCCAACAGCAGCAGCUGCAGCAGCAACAGCUCCAACAGCAACAGCUCCAACAGCAACAGCUGCAGCAGCAGCAACUGCAGCAGCAGCAGCUGCAGCAGCAGGCAGACUACGGGGUCCACGCGUUUGCUGCCCAUCCAGUAGGUUACGUGGACCCGCAGCAGCAGCAGCAGCAACAGCAGCAGUCACAGCGUUCUGCUGCUGCUCGCCCUGCUGGAGCUUAA